AAUAUACGUAAUCUGUGUUUUAAACUUUUAAGUUGCAAUUUCUAUCUUUCCCUAUUUUACAUAGUAAACAAGUUAAUUUUUAAAAGUUACAUAUUAUACAAUACAGUUGCAAAUAUAUUACGGAUUAUCAAAUAUUACCAACUCAUCUAAUAUACUUAAAUAUUACCGGUCUUCAGAACCCAAUAUGUCAACAGGAAAACUUUGGGGUGAAUUUGAAGACGAUGAGCCCAAUGAGGCAGUACUGCAAAGUGUUAACUUUAAUCCAAUUAUUGAACUUGGGAUGCAAAAUAUUCCGGAAAUUCCCAUCAGUGUAAAGUCUUCUCCCGUCGAACUACCGAAAGCUAAUCUUAUAACCCACACAAUUCAACUUCAUGCCUAUGCUAGACAAUUGUCGGCUAUUUUAGAACAAACUGAAAAUGCAGUAUUUGAAGGAGCAAGAUUAGAUGCAUUAAGCUUGCCUAAUCCUCCUCCAAUUCCAGAUAUGGAAAUGGAGCAUUUGGCUUCUCCUCCUAUAAAUUUUCUUCCUAAAGAGUAUUGUGAUUUCUCACUUGGUAAAGGUGCAGUAAUUCUACCCUUUACUCCUGAAUGUCACAGAAGAGCUUUAAAGCAAUGUGCAGCUAUAAGUAUUGGGCAUAUUGGAGUUGCUACAUGCACUAACACAGCUCUUAAUGCUGUAGCAGAUUCUUUGGAUACCUAUUUAACAAACCUGUGUAAAUUAAUGAGAACUGUCACUGACAGACAAGCAAGUGGUAUUAAAUCAGGGUUCCCAGACAUAAUAUCAAAAGUAUUGGCAGAUUUAAAUGUUGGAAAUCUUCAUGAUUUUUAUGAGAAUCGUGUAGUAAGAUACCAUAGCAAAAUUAAAAAGAAAUGUGAUAAUUUACGGUCACAGUGUGAAGCACUAACAAUUGGAGAUAUAGCACCACAGUUAAAACUUGAAGAAGUGCCAGAGCUGCAUUUCCCUGCCGCCUUAGACAGUGCAUUCACUCCUUCAUUGGAACCUGGUUUUCAAAUGUUGCACAAUUUGGAACAAGAACAGUUACAAGGUCUAGAUUUAUUAGAUACAGUAUCAACUGAAGACAUUAAAGUUGAGUCUGUGGAGUUCUCACAACCAGAAACCAAAUUGCCUCUGUCUCCUAGUGCUAAGAAAAAAAGAAAAUAAAGUUUUUAUACAAAUUGUUGUUUUGGCAUAUGA